GAAGUGUAAGCCAGUCACAGCAUCUCUCCUUACUGCACCAGGGCUGAGGGACUCUUCGUCCCAUUGUUUCGCUUGCUGCAGAAUUAGCACAGUUCCAUCUGCGUAGUCAUCAUUUUUUCAGUUGCUUUGUACAUUCUGCAUUUAGGACCAUUGUUGUCUUUGUGCCUGCUACAAAGGAUUUACAUUUGAGGGAAAUUGCUCAUCCUGAUCCUGAAUUACAAGGAAUAUUUUGCAGAGGACAAUACCGAAAACUGGGACUGACUUUUCUUUUCAAUCUUUUUUUUUUUUUUUUUUUUUUUUUUAAUGCUGCUAGAGCGGAUUUCCCUUUUGUUGCGCAGCAAUUUUUUUUUUCUUGAGAGCGACAGACAUACCGAGAGAAGAGUUAAAGGCAAGGCUGGACAGAGCCCCAACCCUCCACAACAGAAUGCUUUGCAUUAAAAGGCAAAGGCAAGUUACAAAAUCUGUGGUCACAAGAAGCACUGGGGGGAAAAAAAUGGGCUAAUUCCCCCAUUUGACGUGCUUUUGAAUACCAACACAAGAAUGCAAGAGAAGAGUUGAAAGAGAUGAAAAAAGUGGUCGGUGGACUGUCCCUAGUCUCUCGCUGUGUGCCGCUGGAUUGCUGAGGAGUCCAAGUGAGUGGAGCGCUGAGUUAUUCAGCUGGCCUCUCGUAGCUCCUGGAGAGUCCUUUCACCUGCCCGCACGGGAGUCUGACAUUUCAUGUCUUCAACAGACCCUAUGACCUUUUUAUGCACCUGUUGUCCUCAAAAUCCAGAGCUUGGAGAGGAAAUUUUGCACUCUUGGAUUCAUGCAUCGAGGAAAAUGUUUGCAGCACUACUCGUGUGAAAAGACAUUGUACAGUACUCUGGACUUGCUUUUUCUUUUUGUUAUUCCUUUUUUUAAAAAAAUGAUUGCUCAUGGUUGCCUUGAUACGCUCAACAGCCCGUUUGUGCUGAGAGAAUUGUGACAUUAUCUCCUGUGGAGAUCCCAAUGUUUUUUUAGCCUCUGUCUGUGUUUUGACUCUCACAAUGGUUAGGCAUACAUGAGCUCCAGACAGUGACAAGAGGACCACCAAAAUAAGGGAAGCCUGCUGUUGAAUUACAAAACACAGCAUCCCCAGAAUACAGUGCAACUUGUCCGUUUACUGAAGAUGUGAUCGACACACAAUUGUUACUUUUCUAGCUCCUAGAUUCCCAAGAGAGGAUUUCCUUUCUGAAAGAAAUUCCUGUGUCAAUUGUGAAUGCAACUCCACUCAGCAAAUGUGAUCUCAUCACUUUUGAUGAAACGGGGAGCCAAAUUAAACCAAUAUGUUGCUUACCUAUUUAAUUUCUACCGGGAAUCUGUUUAUAACGGCAAACAUUUUGUUUGACACAUUAAGCUCUUCAUUCAUAAGGUUUCUUCCCUCGCAACCUCUUUCAUCUCCAUCUUUGUGAAAACAGUUUAUGCCUUCGGCCUCUUGGUGUUAGCUCUUUUAAAAUGGGCGAUAAAGGCCCCAUGCUGGCAAGCAAAGCAGCAUGAAUCUCACCUUUACGACAGAUGCUCACUUCAGCUAUAAUUCUACACUGCUUUUUUUCCCCCCUCGCUACUCUUAAAUGCAACCUUGCUUUUUCAUGAACCAUGCUGUGCCGGUGGAAAAGCAGGACCUCGUCCUAUCCCUCCAAAAGCCCCAAGGAUUUUGCUCCUGUCGGUGUUCCCUUGAUUGAGACUCAUCAAUGUGAGAGUCGGGUGAAAGAGAGCAAGGGUAGCGUAUUAAGCUCGAUUAAGUGAAGGUGGCUACAGGGACGUGGAACAGUGGGAGAGGAGUAGGCAAUUUGCAGUUUCAUGCUAUUGCCUUGUGGAAGUUGCACCAUAAAGCCGUCUGACUCGGGUCCAACUCGGAACAAUGAAUCUGUCUGACAUGCCGACUGACCCGAUGCUCACACCAAAUAGCAGCAGCGGUGGAGAGGUAUUUUCCGGCAGCGCUUCGAACCACUCGUGUCCCUUAGGCUGGGGCUUAAAAGAAGGUUUGGAGGCUUGCAUCCUGGAGACCGCUGUCGUCGUCCUCCUGACAGUGCUCAUCAUUGUCGGCAACUUGACGGUGAUCUUCGUAUUCCACUGUGCACCGCUGCUCCAUCACUACAACACCAGCUACUUUAUCCAGACCAUGGCCUACGCAGACCUUCUGGUUGGUCUCAGCUGCCUGGUGCCCACUCUGUCUCUGCUCCACUACCCUACAAGCGUCCAGGAGCCGAUCACCUGUCAGGUCUUCAGCUACGUCAUCUCCGUUCUCAAAAGUGUUUCAAUGGCUUGUUUGGCCUGUAUCAGUGUGGACCGCUAUCUGGCUAUCACGAAACCGCUGUCAUACAACCAGCUGGUGACACCAUGCCGUCUGCGGGCCUGCAUCACCCUCAUAUGGGUUUACUCCAGCCUGGUCUUCUUGCCCUCUUUCUUUGGCUGGGGCAAGCCAGGCUAUCACGGGGACAUUUUUGAGUGGUGUGCACAGUCUUGGCCUACCUCAGCCCUCUUUACAGGUUUUGUGGUCUGCCUGCUGUAUGCACCUGCUGCACUUGUGGUCUGCUUUACCUACUACCACAUAUUUCGCAUUUGCCAGCAGCACAACAGGGAGAUCAGUGAACGCCGGGCACGAUUUCCAAGCCAAGAGAUGGAAACUGUUGAUGGGGACAGAGAUGGACAUCAAGGAGGACAUGGACCAGAUCGGCGCUACGCGAUGGUGCUCUUCCGCAUCACAAGCGUGUUCUAUAUGCUCUGGCUACCCUACAUCAUAUACUUUGUUUUGGAAAGCUCCCAUGUCCUGGACAGCCCAGCCCUUUCCUUCAUUACCACUUGGCUAGCAAUUAGCAACAGUUUUUGCAACUGCGUCAUCUACAGCUUGUCCAAUAGCGUGUUCCGCUUGGGCAUGCGCAGGCUCUCGCAGACAAUUUGCUCCUUCAGUCACUGUGCUGCUGAUGACAGGGACUUUGGGAAACCUAAACCACGGAAAAGGGCAAACUCCUGCUCCAUCUGAAUGUGGGAUUUUGUUCAAUACAAGGACGCUCUGUGGACAUUGACCACUACAUACAGUGCAUCUUUAUUAAAUAGAAAUAGUAAAAACAAAACAGAAAAAUUUAGGUUCUUACUUUUGGGCCAUGAUCCCAUUUAAGAUUAGCAAGUGUGAUUUAUUUGCAUAAACAAAUCAUUUUUAAGCAGUCACAUUGAGAAUGCUUUCACUCUAUACCACACAACACAGCUGUUUGACAUUGAGCCUGUCCAUGUCACUGUUAUGUUUCUCUGCAAAUGUCAAGAUGUAAUAUAUUUGGAAAUACACCAAAAUGACAUUUUGUUGAGGAAGUCGGGCGAGCAAAAUAUAUUUCCAAAACGUCAACUCCCAAAAUUGUUUGGACUUUGUCGAUGGCUUUUGAUUUGUUGACAGCCGUAAUGCUUUCUUUAGGUUUUAGAAAGUGAGCAAGUCUUGUCAGCUAACUGGAAUGUGAAACUGUCGACUUCGUAUGGGCAAUAAAGCAGUUGGUGAUUUUGAAACAGUAGUGUUGACCUGUACAGUCAGGUACAGCUGAAAUUUGUAAUUUUCAAAUUUUGUGGAGGCAAAAAAAUC